UAGGUUAUAAUUGGAGGUCUAGGUUAUUCCGCCAUGCUCAAAAACCAUAUAAACAACACCAUAAAUCGGUCCCCAUUCUCAACCUUCUUCCUUCUUCCCAUUAUCACUUUAAGCUUUCUCAGUUUUUGCUCUCGCAACACCAUACCAACCGAGGUGCCCAUCUGAUAUAUUUGCUGUAAAAUCGUAAUUGGUUGCUCUACGAAGGUUGAAAUACAUCCACUUCCUCAGAGUUCUUUUGUUGAUUCAAAAUUCCAGGGAAUGCUGAAAGAUGUGCUUUGAAGCUGAGAACUAUUCCUUUGAGAUUGAUGAGCUUGUAGCUCCUAUUGGGCUGCCAUUCUUUAUCUAUGAUGAGAUUGGACACUUGAAACUCAGCCCAUACCAGUUCUGUGCUCAUUUACACAAUGAUGCAAGGAAUCCAAGGGAGCACAUCUUCUCAAAACAUGAUAUCUGUGAAGAUGGUUGAUUGAGAUUUUUCACUUUAUAGAAGAGUAGGUACGUAUAAUAAGCCUCUCACUACCAGCAUCGUAUUAACUAUAUUAAGUAUACAUAGCAUAUAGUUUGCACAAGGGUUGUAACUAGAAAUGGAAAAGAAAGGGAGUAUUUUGAUGCAACGCUAUGAGCUAGGGAGAUUAUUAGGCCAAGGAACCUUUGCCAAGGUCUAUUAUGCAAGGAACCUAAAAACUGGAAUGAGUGUCGCCAUUAAGGUAGUUGACAAAGAGAAGGUGCUGAAAGUUGGGAUGAUUGAUCAAAUCAAGAGAGAAAUUUCUGUAAUGAGGCUGAUUAGGCAUCCCAAUGUGGUGGAGCUUUAUGAGGUGAUGGCAAGCAAGACUAAAAUUUACUUUGUUAUGGAGUAUGUUAAAGGAGGUGAGCUCUUUAACAAGGUUUCAAAAGGAAAGCUUAAGGAGGAUGUUGCAAGAAAGUAUUUUCAGCAGCUGAUUUGUGCUGUUGAUUACUGCCAUAGUAGAGGUGUUUGCCAUCGUGAUCUUAAACCUGAAAACCUACUGUUGGAUGAGAAUGGAAAUCUUAAGGUUUCAGAUUUCGGAUUGAGUUCCCUUGCUGAGUCUAAGCACCAAGAUGGGUUACUCCAUACAACUUGUGGCACCCCUGCCUAUGUUUCCCCUGAAGUCAUUAACAGAAAAGGCUAUGAUGGUGCCAAAACUGAUAUAUGGUCUUGUGGGGUGAUCUUGUUUGUUCUUUUGGCUGGUUAUCUCCCAUUCCAUGACUUAAAUCUAAUGGAGAUGUAUAGGAAGAUUGCCAAAGGAGAAUUCAAGUUCCCCAACUGGUUUGCCCCUGAAGUACGCAAGUUGGUGUCAAAGAUGUUGGAUCCUAACCCAAGAACAAGGAUCUCCAUAGAAAAAAUCAUGGAAAACUCUUGGUUUCGAAAGGGGUUGGAGCAGAAGAAGCCUGUGAAAGAUGAUGAGAAAGAGCCAGCCCCUAUUGAUACUGAUGCAAUUUUUGGAUGCAAUGAAGAUCAGACCCCUGCCACUACUGAUUUAAAGCAAGAAUUAGCAAAGCCUUGUAACUUGAAUGCUUUUGACAUCAUAUCCUACUCUUCAGGCUUUGAUCUUUCUGGUUUGUUUGUAGAGAAGGAGAGAAAAAAAGAAAUGAGAUUCACUUCCAACAGGCCUUCUUUCACCAUCAUUUCUAAGCUGGAAGACAUUGCCAAGCGUCUGAGACUGAAGAUAAAGAAGAAAGAUGGAGGGUUAUUGAAGUUAGAAGGUUCCAAGGAAGGAAGGAAAGGACUUGUGGAAAUUGAUGCAGAGAUCUUUGAGAUCACCCCUAACUUUCAUUUGGUUGAAAUGAAGAAGUCAAAUGGUGAUACAUUGGAGUAUCAGAAGAUAAUGAAACAGGACAUUAGACCAGCUCUGAAGGACAUCAUUUGGACUUGGCAAGGUGAGCAGCCAAAGCAACUCGAGCCGCCGCCACAGAUAGCUGAGCAACAGCAGCAGCAGCCUUCAGAUGCACUCCCGGUUCAAAUUGUCAUUCCACAGGAAUCAUAAUAUGUGCUAUGUUUUCUAUAUUAUUACUAUUAUUAUUCCUCUGUCACUCUUUAGUAGCCUUGAUUCUUUUAAAACUACUCUUAUAUUUAAUCUUGGUGAAUAUUUGUGUGGAUGCUGUAAUAGUGUGGGCUAUGAAAUAUUACCAACUAUAUUUUCUAGUA